AAAACAUCUCUCUCAACUCUUUUGUUGAACUUCAAAACCUUUCCCACAUCUUUACUCUCAUACUCACCAAGAAAACCAGAAAAAAAUGGCAGCUCUCUCUUUCCAUGCUAGGUCCAACAGUUUGCCUACAGGAUCACACCCUCUAGUUUCAGAAAUCGAUGAGCAGGUCUGCAGGUUGAGACAAUCUCAAGCUGCUUCAACAUCUACAUUAUCCAUAGGCCACAAUCUAAAUGGUCUCCAGGAUGUGUAUGAUUGUGUUGACCAAUUGCUCCAACUUCCAACAACCCAACAAGCCUUGAUCAAUGACCAAAAUUGCUUCAAUGAGCUAUUGGAUGGAUCUUUGAGGAUCUUGGAUUUGUGCAACACAGCCAAGGAUGCCUUGUCCCAACUGAAAGAGUCAGUCGCUGAGCUUCAAUCCGCCAUUCGCAGAAGAGAAGAUGGUUUAGAAGGAGAAACCAGAAGAUACCUGAAAUCUAGGAAGAAUGUAAUCAAAGCAAUCCAGAAGGUCUUGAAGGGUAUGGAUAGCAAGAAAUCCACUUCAUCCAACAACGUUGAGACCGUCUCCACAUUGAAGGAAGCUGAAUCUGCUGUUGUUAAGGUUUUAGAGUGCUUGUUGACAUUCAUUUCUCAAACAAGCUCCAAGCCAAGCAGCUGGUCAUUAUUUAAAAGGGUUGCAGCAGUAGCGACAACCGAGAAUGAAUUCUCAGAUGUUGAUGCCGCCUUGAAGAUGAACAGCUCUGGUGAAGAGGUUCAAGUUCAUCUAAAGAACUUGCAGCCAUGCAUUCAAGAUCUCGAGGAAGGAGUUGAGAGCCUCUUCAGGCGUUUGAUCAAAACGAGAGCCUCCAUUCUCAAUAUCCACAAUCUGUAGUUACAUCAGCAAAACAAUACAUGUACAAGUUGUAUAGAAAAUUUUGAUACUGACAUCCAUAAAUAUACAUGGUCUCCAAGUUCCUAUCAAAUUAUGUCUCUUUUUGUUCAUUGCUCUAUCUAUAACCCUGCACUUCCUUACUUUAAUUACCUUGUCCAUACAAGAGAAACAUGACGGUGAAAACAGCUAAUGGGAUCAUUUUAGAUAGUAAAGUAAAAAUUAAGAGCUGAUAAAAAUUAAACAGAUUAACCUUUGCCGAUAAUUAGUAAUCAAUAGUCAUCACACGUCCAAAGCCAAUAAUGAAACCACGUUGAGAAACCCAGAUUAGGUGGAUCUUGCCUUCCAUUUGUACAUCAAUCAAGUUAAUGCAUGCAACUUAAUACGAUAUUUUUAUCAUAUGCAUCACCUAACCUAUAUGUUAGAGGAGACACAAGGAAUCAAAUUAUACAAUGUAU